CAUAACAUGGGUUGAUUUGAGAGGAGGAGUUUUUCUCAAGAUGUGUCAGAUUUCCCUUGUGUCCUCAUCCCUGCACGUGACGAGUGGGUGAUCUAUGCCAUCUUCUUACAGAGCACACAGAGGGAAAUUUUCACUUCGGACUCUCCUGAGCAGCUGAAAGGAGAAACGUUACCCUGAGACUGAAGCAAUAAAAACACUUCUCUGCAGAACCGUAUGAUUGAAAAUGCGGUCCAGCCCUCCUCUGCUGCCAGACAUGCUUUUGUGCUCCUGCCCCGCUUACCUGUUGUUGCAGUAAUACUGAUGGAUCGUAGAAGAGAGGCAGAAAUGGAGUUACGGAGAUCGUCCAGCCCUGGCAAGCUAAGCAAGAACGAUAUGGAUGCUGACAAGACCAUGUGCCACAGCUGUUGCAUCUGCGGUAAAAGUUUUCCUUUUCAGAGCUCCCUGUCACAACACAUGAGGAAGCACACGGGUGAGAAGCCCUACAAAUGCCCUUACUGUGAUCAUAGAGCUUCCCAAAAGGGCAACCUGAAGAUUCACAUCCGUAGUCACAGGACAGGCACUUUAAGUCAGGGACACGAGGUGGAGAUGGGAGAGGCACAGCUGGGGGAGAUGGGCGUUUCAGAGGGCCUUGGUGGGUGCACCAGCCCCACUAAAAGUACAUCUGCCUGCAACAAGAUCUUGAAUGGUACUGCUCAGGUCGAUAGCAGCAAGAUCUUGUUGAGAAGCAGCAAGAAGGAGGUCACAGAGACGGCACCAGCCGAGGAGGAUAGCAAGCUGACCUCUUACCAGUGCACCUUCUGCAAAAACAAAUUUGAAAGGAAGAAGGACCUGGAGCAGCAUCUGCACCAGGUCCACAAACCAUUCAAGUGCAGGCUGUGCAGCUACAUGACCUUGAGGGAGGAGACGCUGUUAAACCACAUAGAGAAGGACCAUAUAACAGCUCAGGUCCCCAAUGGGGAGGCCUGCACUGAGAACUGCAAGAGCGAGCUGAGUGCAGGCGAGUUUCCAUGCGAAGUCUGCGGUCAGGCCUUUAGUCAAACCUGGUUCCUGAAAGCUCACAUGAAAAAGCAUAGGGGCUCAUUUGAUCACGGAUGCCAUAUUUGUGGCAGGAGAUUCAAAGAGCCCUGGUUUCUCAAAAACCACAUGAAGUCUCAUGGCCCCAGGUCUGGGAGCAAAAACAAACCAAAAAAUGAUUUGGAGCUCAUAGCCACUAUCAAUGACGUGAUACAAGAGGAGACAAUUGUGACAGGCCUAUCUCUGUAUGAAGUUUGCACCAAGUGUGGAAAUCUGUUUACAAAUAUGGAAAGCCUGAAAGCGCAUAACGUUGUUCACUACCGGGUGCAGCCGGGCAGCACCGGGGAUAAAGCUGAGGGCUUGACCGAUGGGAGCCUGAGCUCUUCGGUAACGAAGCAGUUUUUCUUGCAGUGUCUCAAUCUACGGCCAUCUGUAGCACUGGAUAGAGUUACAAGAGGGCAACCUGGGAAAAGAGUAGCCGAGCUGGAUCCGGUCAGUAGCUACCAAGCUUGGCAGCUGGCCACCAAAGGAAAAGUAGUGGAGCCCUCGGAGUAUGUGAAGUAUGUGGGAUGGGAUGAGGCCCUGGCAGAUGCGGACGUGACGUACGACAAGGAUAAGAGGGAGUAUAUCCUUGUCAACCAGGAGAAGCGCAAGCGAGACCAGGACUCGCCCAGCAACCCCAAGAAGAAGAGCUGCACCAGUGGGCGCCCAGAGAAAACCAGCAAUGCCCCGCCAGGGGAGAGCUGCCCGCUUGCCCAGGGGGAUCUGGACUACCGCCCUGCCUCACGGCAGAGCCGGCGGGCCGCCCAGAACAAGUCCACCGAGUGCUUUGAGUGUGGAAAGAUCUUCCGCACCUACCACCAAAUGGUGCUGCACUCCCGGGUGCACCGCAAGGAGCGGAGGAGCUGCAGUGAGGGCGGGACGGCUGCCCAGCCUGACCGCUACGGCUCCAGCAGUGAGGAAGGUGACUUGGGGUCCGUCAGCGGGCCCAGCACCCCUGGCUCUGCAUCCGCCCCAGAGGACUCGGCCACCUCUGGCUUGGGGGAGGAGGGGGCUGAGGAAAGCUCAGAGGAGGGAGCAGCUAACCCCUUGCUAGGUAAGAUCACUUCCAGCCUUUCCUUGCUAAUGUUACUGGUCCCUGUGUCUCCUGGUGUGGGACACAGCAAUGAGCAGAUGAAGAAAUAUGUGAAAGCAUGUGAAAGGUUUAAAGGCAGUGUGGAUGGGGUCUCGUGCCUCCUGCUUGUCUCAGCAUGGUGGCUCGUUUCUGAUGCAGGUAAUAAAGUGAGAUCAGGUGAUGUCUUCAUAAUAUGCCAGUGA